AACGCGUGCCCACGUCCGCCUUCGCACGAGCAUACGCUUUGGCGAGAGAGAGAGAGAGAGAGAGAGGUUGGUGAAGAUCAGUUGAGUCUCAGCACGGAGAUCUUCUGUCAAUGACAGCACGUAUAUUCUCCUCUUGAAGAUGCUUGUGCUGAUCGCUGUGUGCGCGCUGCUCAUCGCCGGAGCUUUUGGCCGCAACGAGAACGGCAAUUUUUUGGACGACAAAUGGUUGACCGGGAGAUGGGACAAAUUCAGAGAUGAACCAGGGACUUGGAGCCCAGCAAAGCCAUUUGAUCAAGCUCUGGACCCUGCAAAAGAUCCAUGCCUCAAGAUAAAAUGUGGCCGCCAUAAAGUGUGUGUGGCUGAAGAUUACCAAUCACCCACCUGUGUCAGUCAAAGUAGGAUGAGUUUUAAGGGCAUGAAUUUGAACGUGUCACUACUAAAAUGCAAGCGAUGUCCAGUUGUGCAUCCCUCACCUGUUUGUGGAACGGAUGGGCACGUUUACUCCACUAAGUGUAAACUAGAAUAUCAGGCCUGCAUCUCUGGAAAGCAGAUUUCUGUCAAGUGUCCAGGACAGUGUCCUUGUCCUUCAGGGAUUCCAGUGGAGAAGAGAGUGUGCGGUAAUGCUGAGAUGACUGAGGUGGUCAGCAGAUUAAGAGACUGGAUCACCGUUCUCCAUGAGACUGGCAAUCCCAGCAAGAAACUCAAGUUCCAGAAACCAGAAAAGAAGAUAGACACAAGUAAGGUGCCCCUCUGUAAGGACUCUCUGGGCUGGAUGUUCUCCAGACUGGACACAAACUUUGACCUUCAGCUUGACCAACCGGAGCUGUCCAGCCUGAGCUCAGAGAAGAGCGAUGUGUGCACUAAAGCCUUCCUCAGGUCAUGUGACUCAGACAGAAACAGGCUGUUAUCCAGCCAGGAGUGGUGUGCCUGCUUCCAGAGAUAUCAGGAGGCUCCCUGUCAAUCAGAGAUCACCAGUAUUCACAAACAACUUGCUGGCAAGAAAUUGCUGGGGCCGUAUAUCCCCUCCUGUGAGGAGGAUGGAUUCUAUAAACCCCACCAGUGUCAUGGGAGCAGUGGGCAGUGCUGGUGUGUCGACCGUUACGGAAAUGAGGUUGCGGGGUCUCAUACCCAUGGGCCGGCUGACUGUGUGGAAUCUUCCGGAGAUUUUGGCAGCGGUGACCCUCUGCCAUCAGACGAUGAGGAUGGUGAUGUUUUAAAUGAUGAAGAGGAGAUGGGAGAUGACGAUGAUGAUGAAUACGAACAGGUCGAUGAUGAGGACGGGUACCUGUCGUAAUCCGUUUUUCUUUUUUCUUUAAAAAAAAUUAAAACUAAGGAACCAAAUAAAAACAGACUUUCGUUUGGUCUAAAAAAAGCACGUUUCCAGGUGACCUUUGCAGAAUACUAACAUUACUAAAGGGUUCAUCUACCCCAGUGCUCUAUAACAUUUGUACAAAAUUAAUACCGAUAUUCGAUUCAAAUUUUUCAAGUUUUUAUGUUGAUCCAAAGUGAAUAAGUGUAUUGACAGACCUUGGAAUUCAGUAAUGCGUGGGAUUAAUAAGGGUUUGCACUUUUGAACAUGCACACAAACACAUGACACAUUCGAAAUACAUGCAUAAACAAACACACAUAAUCAAAGUUGCUAUGUGUAAAUUCUGCCGGUUUUUAAAGCCCCACUGAAAUAAAAAUGAAUGUUUUUUUUCCUUUUAUUAAAAAUAAGUUGGAUGUAGAUAAACUAACAUGCUCCCAAACGCUGACAAAAUUCACAUUCAGAAGAUAUAAGCAUUCGAAACUGACAGUAUGGCACGUGCACUCAAAGAUAUCUAGAAAUUUCGUGACAUCACACUACACUUCAGCCUCUCUCUCUAGUUCUUGUCCAAUCAAAUCCGCUUUAGAAUCCGAAUCCGCCCCCUUCACUAGAACUGCCUCACAUCGGGCACUGUGCCGUAGACGAAUCGCUGUUGGGUAUUUUCAAAGGGGGCGGGGCCACUCGAUAUAUCUCACGCUCAACACAGCAAAUAAUGCUGCACGUUCAAAGGCAUUUCAGUGGACAUUUAAAUUCAAACAAUCAUUGCAUGAGGGAUUCAUGAUAUAAUCCAGUUGGUCUCCUGUUUGAACAUUUGUCAAAAUGGUUCAUUUAAAGACAGUUACUUUAAAACCUGUCUGUUUGGUCAGGAUAAUGAAAACUUAUAAAUGCAGAUGAAUUGUGUAAACUUUUACAGUAUUUGUUGUGUAGAGGACAACCUUGAGCUGAUUUUAAUAUCCAUCUUAAAUACAUUUGGAAGAUCGACUGGAAGAUACAAAAAAAAGAAUUAGAUGUGACUUCGAUCAAUUAUGAUAGUCGAAAAAGGGAUGAGCUCCUUUCUAAAAUUAAGAUAUAAAAAAGUCUCUGAGGGCUGUUCAUAUACACAAAUUUUCACAUUAAAAACAGCUAAUAGAUCAGAAUUCUAAUGUCUUUAGAUGCAUUUAUAAACAAUGUUACCUUUAAAGUUCAACACUGUGUUAACAUGGUUAAGUAUUCUAAUAAACUACCAUUUAAUUACAUAUAUUGUAUCAAAAUCUGCAAAGAAAAGAUCACAAAAUGACAACUCAAAGAAACUAUUGUGACAGACAAAGCAUUGAAUUGACAUAAUACACAACUCGCCACACAUUUACAUUGACAGACCAAAACGCAUGAUACACUGAAAGAAACGGGAGUCAAAAACGUAGUGUUUGUUAACAUAUAAGGGUACAUUUAAAUGAACAUACACAACAAACAAUCCCCCAACACACGCACACCACACUAACCUUGUGAUCCGUUUGCCAGUCGUGGGCAUGAGCUGCUUUUGACGUAACAUGGAGGAACACAAGAUGGAGGACGGUCUGAAAAAGUUAGAAUGUAGAACUGCCAUUCAGAGCUUAAAAAUAAGAGGUUUUAACCUCAUGUUCUCUCUGUUGUUUUGGUCUAUAUAGGAGAAGGUCAACAUGAGUAGUUUAUGUUACUGUAGACAAAGAAAUAGUACAGUAGACGCUGCUGUCACCUAUUCUCCUCGUUCCUCUCAGUGCUUUUGCUUUUUUUCUUUUUUUCAUGAUGUGCAUAUGAAGAUACAAAUUUCCUUAUAUGGACAUUGUGGUGUUAUUUUAGGAAGCUUGUUAUUCGGUCUAAUGAGUUAAUGAUGAUAAUCAGUUCCAGAGGUCUGAGAAACCUUUAUCAGUGUUGUCAUCUGUCCAGCUGUUUUCAUGCAGAUAACACAACGUUUGUUUUUUAUGUAUACAUUUAAUUUGCUGAAAUAAAGUUACACAGACCAAAACUGAA